CUUUUGGUUAUCCAUAAAUUGUUUUAUGCUGAGAAUUGUUGACUGUAUUCCUUUUGGUUGUUGUACAGAAGGAAACUUAACUGGGAAGAUUAUAAUGGUUAUUAAGAGUUUUGAGUGUAAUUUUGCACUUGAGUAAAUUUGUAAAGCAAACUUUUAAAUUUGCUUCGUGAUUAGUGUUUCUGACAUCUUUGCUCUGUAAAGCUUACCAAUUUAUUAUCUACUUCAUUUGUUCUAUUGCUAGCUAAAUGUAAUGUGUAUGUAACUAGGUGAGAGAAGUAUUUCUUAAAUUUCUGUUUUAUGGAAAAUCAGUAUUGACAGAAGACUAUAGAGAAAUAUGCGUGCUUAAAGGUAUUUUGGAUCAGUUAUAUGGAUUAACUUUCUUUUCCUUCCUUGCAUCUCAGUCUUCUUCAUAAAUGAUAUGGUGCUAAUACUGUAGUGAUGUUCUUUGGUCAUGCCCCUUUUUCUUCCCUUUUUAGGGUUUGUGGCAGUAAUUUGAGGAUUCAGUGGGAAUACAGUAACUGCUACUGUGUUCUCCUUGAUGAGAAUGCAUCCAGAGUGACUUACAUGGUAUAAGUCUAGACUCUUGAAUUAAACAAUUUCAGUAUUAUUGUAUAAAAUAGCAGGGAUUUGAAGCUGUGGUGGACUUUCCAGAGAAGCCUGAAUUUGACCUAUUCACAGAUGUUCAUUUUUUGUAAGCGCCAAUGGCAGCAACAUGGGGAAGGAGUAUUUUCUGCUGGAAGGGGAAGUUGUAAUGAGCAAGAAGUACCGGGAAUGCAUAUGGUCCAGCAUCCUUGUUGGUUGAAUCGGACUUACUGGAACUGCAGAAUGGAAAACAAAAGGAGAUUGCUUCUGUUUUUUACUUGUAGCUGCUCAAAGUGAUAAUUAGGCUGAUCUAAAGUUGAAAUCUCUGUAGAAUAACCAUUUCCAAACUAUGUGGAGGUAGUGUUAUGCAUGACCACAGAAUAGUACUAAAGUGAGUGUUACUGCCAUGUUGUAUUAGCAGUGGCAUCAUCUUUCUGAAGUUAGAAGAAAAGCAAUUGCUGAAUGAUGUUGUUGCUUUGCCAUUGGUCUCUUUUUAUUUCAGCUUUGGGGCAUUUUUCCAGUAUGACCUUAUGUAAACAAAAGCUAAGUGAUGAUGUUUACAGUUACAAGAAAUAACCUGACAUCUCAUCUGAAAGAGCCUUAAAGAGGCUAAUAAACAAAAUUCAGAAAUGUAGUAAUAUUAAACAGAGACAGUAGUUAAAUGGUGUUCAUUAUGAAUAGAAGAGUAUCAAAAGUUACAAAACUUGCUGUUAAAAAGCAGUUAACAGAAUUGACCAUGCAAUAAUAAAACAAGUGUUUGUUCUAAAAAAUGGUAUUCUAAAAAAAACCCAAAAAAAACAAAACAAAAAAAAAACCCAAAAAACCAAAAAAAACCCCCAAAAAAACAACAAAAAAAACCCCAAAACCCAACUGGAAGAAGGCAACCAAAACCUGGUGCCUUUUUUUUAGAAAAGUAACUGGAACUUUAAGUAGGAGGUUGAACUAGAUGACCUCGUGCGGUGCCUUUCAACCCGAAUUGUCCUAUCCUAGUGCUCCUCUUCUGUUACAGGCUAGCUAGCAUGUUUCUUGUAAUACACCUGCUACUUUUUACCUAGGCUUGCAUGCAAAUGUUAUCAUUGUCAUUAGGCAAGUACACAGUUAUAUUUUUUCAUUUGACUUAAUAGAGCUACUGUUUCAAAGCCUCUGACCCUGGCUGUGCACUGAUUUUGGUGGGUUCUUUAUGUAUUCAUGUGUCCCAUGGGGUUCUCAGCACGAGGCCAGUAAUGACUAAUAUGAGUAAUACUAGCAUGAUCUGAGUCAACAUUUGAGCUCAUGCUUACGUUUGUUUUCUUUAACUUGUUUCAGUUACAAUUUCUUUAUCAAAAGGUAAAUGAGAAGCUUUCUUGAAUUUCUGAAUAAGAGAUUUAAAAAUUAUUUUGUAAGAUAGAUCUGUCUUCAUGCAGACGUGAAAAACUGUACAAAAAUGUGAAUAUACAAAGAAGCUUCUUUGUAGUAGUUCUGCUGAAGGAACAGUAAUCCAGUUUUAUUUGCUGCAUACAAAUAGAUGCUUUCUGCUGCAUACUGUGUUCAUCUAGAGAGUAGAUUGUAUGUCUCGUUUAAAUUGGUUGUGAACAUCAGUACAGUGACAGCUGCAAGGUGCAAGUGUAAAGUAGGUUGUCACUGUCAGUUGCAACCUGUAAGAUGCUCAAAGAAAAAGGGUGAUGCCUCACUCAAAUGUCAAGCUCUGUGGGUUAUGCAGUACUGGAUGCAGAGAGGUCUGGUUCACGUGGACAAUGAUAACCCCCAUGUGUUAUGUGAAAUGACUUGCCUAGAAGGCAAUUGUCUGCCUAAUUUUGGUUAUCUAGUUACUGUUUCACGCAGUCAAAGCUGAAUCUUUAAAUCUGAUUUGUAGAAAAAAAACUGUCCAAUCUGGUGCAGGCACCUAUUGAUUUAAAAUCAAUAGAAACAUUGUCCCUUUCUGAGGUGAGUUGUCUCUGCAUCUGUCUUUGACAAUGACUUCCACAAUAGCAUUACAUGAUUCCUUUUGUUGUUAGUAGAUUGCUUUUUAAUCAUAGUUGCACAUUUCCUUAUAUUAGGAAUGAAGGCGUUAACUCUUGCUGCUUAGAUUUUCUGUCGUCUUGAUUUUCGUCUGGUUUUGUGUGGUGCUUUUUCUGCAGGAGUGGGGGAAGGAGGGUAUAUUUGUGUAUUUUCUUUUUUCAUAGAGUCGUAUUUGUUCAUAGCUCAUACAAAUCUAUGAACUAAUUGUUUUUCUGUGUUUUUUGCAGUGUCACAAAAGACAGUAUUCCAGGUGAAUUGAGAAUGUUUUCAAUACCUUUCCUCUUUUCAUCAGAACACUUUCUCUUGUCUAGUGUAUGUCUGUAUUAAAAUAGAGAUUCUGCUGAAGUGCAUAUCCUGCAGAUGCUUUGAACAGAACCAAAACAAACUAUGGCUUGUCUUACAAUGACAAAUAUGGAAAGUACAGCAACUUCUACUGUCCACCAGAAUGGUGACAUCCGUGGAAAUAGCAGUGCACCCAAGCAGACAGAACCAUUGCUUCAAGUGUACCUUUAUCAUUCUCCUGGGAAGACAGAAGGAGACUACCUUCAAUUUUCAGCUGGAGAAUAUAUUGCAGAAGAGAUUUGUGCUGUUGCCUGUAAAGCCUGUGGUAUCAUGCCAGUGUAUCAUAACAUGUUUGCACUCAUGAGUGAAACAGACAGAAUGUGGUAUCCCCCAAAUCACAUCUUCCAUGUAGAUGAAACAACCAGACUCAUCCUAAUUUACCGGAUAAGGUUUUAUUUUCCCCACUGGUAUUGCAGUGGCAGCAACAGGGCAUACCGUUACGGCGUUCUUCGUGGUGCAGAAAGCCCUGUCCUUGAUGAUCUUGUCAUGUCUUACCUAUUUGCACAGUGGCGAGCUGAUUUUUUGGAUGGAUGGGUACAGAUGCCUGUUACUCACGAAACACAAGAAGAAUGCCUUGGAAUGGCUGUUCUAGAUAUGAUGAGAGUGGCCAAAGAAAAGGACCAAACCCCAAUGGCUGUUUACAAUUCAGUCAGCUACAAAAUGUUUUUACCUAAGUGUGUGCGAGCAAAAAUCCAAGACUACCACAUUUUGACACGAAAAAGGAUAAGGUACAGGUUCCGCAAAUUUAUACAACAGUUUGGCCAAUGCAAAGCUACUGCCAGAAACUUGAAACUUAAGUAUCUCAUAAAUCUGGAAACCCUUCAGCCUGCCUUCUAUUCAGAGGUUUUUGAAGUAAAAGAACCUGGUGGAGGUCCUUCUGGAGAGGAAAGUUUUGCAACCGUUGUAAUAACUGGAAAUGGUGGAAUUCAGUGUUCAAGGGGAAAACUUAAAGACUGUGAGACACUUGGAGAGCAGGAUUUACAAACAUACUGUGAUUUUCCUGAUAUCAUUGAUGUCAGCAUUAAACAAGCAAGCCAAGAAGGCUCCAGUGAGAGAAGAAUUGUCACCAUUCACAAACAAGACAGCAAGAAUCUGGAGGCUGAAUUUCAGUCACUAAGAGAAGCCCUCUCCUUUGUAUCAUUAAUUGAUGGAUAUUACAGAUUAACAGCAGAUGCCCAUCAUUAUCUCUGUAAAGAAGUAGCGCCACCAUCAGUCCUUGAAAAUAUCCAAAGCAACUGUCAUGGGCCAAUUUUCAUGGACUUUGCUAUCAAUAAACUGAAGAAAGCGGGUAAUCAGACUGGUUUCUACGUCCUUCGCUGCAGUCCUAAAGAUUUUAAAAAAUACUUCCUUACCUUUGCUAUAGAGCGUGACAAUACUACAGAUUAUAAGCACUGCUUAAUUACAAAGAAUGAGAAUGGAGAAUAUAAUCUUAGUGGAACCAAGAGAAGUUUUAGUAAUCUUAAGGAUCUCUUGACCUGUUACCAGACAGAAACUGUCCGUUCAGACAGCAUAAUUUUCCAGUUCAUCAAAUGCUGUCCUCCAAAACCAAAAGAUAAAUCAAAUCUCCUAGUCUUCAGAAGCAAUAGUGUUUCUGAUGUACCUUCAUCACCUAUGCUACAGAGACACAAUAAUGUCAAUCAGAUGGUUUUUCACAAAAUCCGUAAUGAGGACUUGAUAUUCGAGGAGAGUCUUGGACAGGGCACGUUUACGAAGAUUUUCAAAGGUGUAAGGAAAGAAGUGGGAGACUAUGGCCAGCUCCAUCAAACUGAAGUUCUUUUAAAGGUGCUGGAUAAAGUGCACAGAAACUACUCUGAGUCCUUUUUUGAAGCAGCAAGUAUGAUGAGCCAGCUUUCUUACAAACAUUUGGUGUUAAAUUAUGGCGUCUGUGUUUGUGGAGAAGAGAACAUCCUUGUACAAGAAUAUGUAAAAUUUGGAUCCUUGGACACAUAUUUGAAAAAGAACAAAAAUAUUAUCAAUAUUUUGUGGAAGCUGGAAGUAGCCAAACAGUUGGCAUUAGCCAUGCAUUUUCUGGAGGAUAAAGGCCUUGUUCAUGGAAAUGUCUGUGCAAAAAACAUCUUGCUUAUCAGAGAGGAAGACAGGAAGUCUGGAAACCUUCCAUUUAUAAAGCUAAGUGAUCCUGGCAUCAGUAUUACAGUUUUGCCAAGAGAUAUUCUUCUUGAGAGAAUACCCUGGGUACCUCCUGAAUGUAUUGAGAAUCCCAAACAACUAAGCCUAGCUACAGACAAGUGGAGUUUUGGUACCACUUUGUGGGAAAUCUGCAGUGGAGGAGACAAACCCCUGAGUGCACUAGAUUCUUCAAGAAAACUACAGUUUUAUGAAGAUAGGCACCAGCUUCCUGCCCCCAACUGGACAGAACUUGCAAACCUCAUCAACAACUGCAUGGAUUAUGAGCCAGAUUUCAGGCCUUCUUUUAGAGCAAUUAUACGUGAUUUGAACAGUUUGUUCACUCCAGAUUAUGAGCUGUUGACAGAAAGCGAUAUGUUGCCAAAUAUGAGAAUUGGAGCACUUGGAUUUUCUGGUGCGUUUGAAGAUCGGGACCCAACGCAAUUUGAAGAAAGACAUCUUAAGUUUUUACAGCAACUUGGCAAGGGAAAUUUUGGCAGUGUUGAGAUGUGCCGGUAUGACCCGCUGCAGGAUAAUACUGGGGAGGUGGUUGCUGUGAAAAAGCUGCAACAUAGCACAGAAGAGCACCUUAGGGAUUUUGAAAGAGAAAUUGAAAUACUUAAAUCGCUGCAGCAUGAUAACAUUGUUAAAUACAAAGGAGUAUGCUACAGUGCAGGACGUAGGAAUCUAAGAUUAAUUAUGGAAUACCUACCAUAUGGAAGUUUACGAGAUUAUCUGCAGAAACACAAGGAGAGGCUGGACCACAAGAAGCUUUUGUUGUAUGCAUCUCAGAUAUGCAAGGGCAUGGAGUAUCUGGGAACAAAAAGAUAUGUUCACCGGGAUUUAGCAACAAGAAAUAUCUUGGUGGAGAAUGAGAACAGAGUUAAAAUUGGAGAUUUUGGAUUGACAAAAGUUUUGCCACAAGACAAAGAAUACUACAAAGUGAAAGAACCUGGUGAAAGUCCUAUAUUUUGGUAUGCUCCAGAAUCUCUGACAGAAAGCAAAUUUUCUGUGGCCUCAGAUGUGUGGAGCUUUGGUGUGGUCUUGUAUGAACUCUUCACCUAUAUUGACAAAAGCAAAAGCCCACCAGCUGAAUUCAUGCGCAUGAUUGGCAAUGAUAAACAAGGGCAGAUGAUUGUAUUUCAUUUGAUAGAGCUUUUGAAGAAUAAUGGACGACUGCCGAGACCGGAUGGAUGCCCUGAUGAGAUUUAUGCUAUCAUGAAAGAAUGCUGGAACAAUAAUGUUGCCCAGCGCCCCACCUUUCGGGAUCUUGCUCAGCGAGUGGAUCAUAUAAGGGAAAACAUGGGUGGAUGAGAGAACUGUCCCUCCUUCAGAGGAUGAGUUGGAAUGCAGAGCAAAAUGUACUUGGUCAGCUGUGUAUAUUUGACAUAUGUACAUGUGCACACAUCUUAUCCUUGCUGGAAGUAAAAUCUGUGGCAAAUACCCUAUCUCAAUCUGCAUACUGAGGAAUCCUGCUAGGGCUUUUUUAUCAGGGUAUACUUGUUACUAUGAGAACAUGUUGAAAUUCUAAGUAGGGAAAGAAAUUAUUUUUCUAAAUUAAAUAAUGGGUGGUCAUUCAGCAACACCUUUAUUUGCCUUACUUGGCAGUACAAAAAAGAAGUGACUUAAAAUGUGAUGAAACUAAGAGAUAAAAAAAACCCAGUGUAUUUCCGUGUUAAAGUGGAGAUGCCCAGAAAAGACUUCUAGAAAUACUUUUACACUGAGUAUAUAGUGACUUGGCACCCUGUUUUGUGUGUUGCACAAAGACUUUUAUCUGUUAAUACAGUUUGAUGAUUUUUUCAUUGUUGAUGCAGAACUGGCUUCUCUGUGUAACAAAACAGAAGUGGUUUGCUGUGCCUGUCUGAAUCAGUUAUCAGCCAGCAGUAUAUCCAAAGAGAUGUAGCUGUGUGAUGUACUGUAAGUAUUUUGAGGGAAAGGGAGCAAAUUGUGCUCUAUUGAGAGAGACAGAGAACUUAGUAAUCUGUGCAAAAAUUUUAAUUUAAAAAUGAAAAAGCAAAGAUGUUAUCCUUUUGUUCUUACUCCUCCCUUCAUGAGUAUUAGACUACCUUUACAGAAUUGAAGGUACAUAGAAGUGAGUUCAUUUUUACACAAGGCAGUGUCUUCAGUGUAAAUAAGGAAAAGCUAAGUCUACUGCUUUUAAGUGCUGCUCUUUUUUUCUUUCCAUCCUUGUAGUUUUCAUGCAGUCAUAAGUGAAUGAAUUGAAGCUUUCAAAGCAGGAUUAAAAAUCUAGAAAAUGCCCUCACUUUCACAAUUCCUCACUUUGCUGUUAAGACGAUCAUCUUAAUAUCUUCCUUCCAGCACAGAAAAAGACUACUUACAACUCAGUAUUUGAUAUGGCCAGUCACAACCACAUCGAGCCUGUUCUGUAUUGAAGUGACCCAAGCAUAUUUAUUUCUGUGGUAAUACCCAACAUGGGACUAUUUGGAAGGAGGAGUUUCAAGUGCAAUUGCUCCACACUCAGCAGAGGGAAAGGACAGGAUUCCAGUUACUGAGAACUGGAUGGAGAUCAGAGCUACCUGAAUGUUGUUUAAUUCAGCUUUUGAAAUAAGUAACAAAAAUUUUUGGAGAAGAGAAUGCUUCGGUUUUGCCUUGAGGCAUAAAACUUGGGGAUAAUCUCAUAUCUCAAAGCAGUAUAAUUGCAGGGUUUGUUUAUUUUUAGUUUAAAUAAUCUUGUUUGUUUGUUUUUACUUAAGCAUUAUUGUUUGCAAAGUAUAAUGCUUGUUCUUUUUUGGACUUCUGAUGAGAGAAGUUCAGUUAAGGGGAUAUACAGCUUGCCAAACUGACCUAACAUCCAGAUUUAUAUUUUAAAUGAAGUGUUCAUUCUGAAAAUUUGUGGCAGUGAGUUAGUGAAACAGAGGUUACUUUCACUGUGGAGCCUCCUUAAUAUUUGUGGUUAACUACAUCCAUCUUAUCAGAAAUUGAAGAACCUCAGCUUUUGAAAAAACUAAAAAAAAAAAAAACCAAAAAAACCCCAACCAAACAAAAAAAAACCUUUAAAAAAAUCUUUACUUAGUGUAAUAUAGUGCCAGUAUAGCAGUAUUUUGUACCACUAUGAUGUUUCUCUCCCACAGUCACUCCUACAAAAUUAUUAUUUUAUAGUACAGGAGAGUGCUAAAUACGGAGAGCAGUGUCAACCUUCUCUCUGCCCAUUGCAUUUAAAACUAUUUCUGUUAGCAUUCUUGCUACCAAGCAUUUGCAUAGAUGAUUUUUCAAACCAAUUUCACAGUCAGUUUUUAAGCUGCAAAGAACUUCGAAGUGCUAUGUUCAACUUAAAAUGUUUUCUCAAUUUGUAUACAUUGCUUUGAGGAUUUGAAAUUUUGUGCAAAAAAUGUCUUUGCAUUUGUAGUCUCAGUUAUGUGUAUGUGUAUUUUUGUAACAAAGGAGAUAAAGCUUUAAAGUAUCAAGACAGCAUUUUAGCUGAAUAACAUAUGCAGGAAUUAUGUAACAUUUGCAGUGUAUGACACUCAGUAGCUCACUGGUUUCAAAUACAUAGUAGACUAAACAUAAUUUAUGUAAAAAUCUCAGGGAAGUUUGUGUAAUGCAAUGAAGAAAUCUUCCAGUCUGCUAAUUUUUCAAGUGAAUGAAAGGUCUUUUUCUUGUUCUACUACAGUUUGACUAAUUACAUAGUCUAUUUGAUUGCAUAAAUGUAGUGGUGAAUUCAAGGAUGAUUUUUAAGUGUCUUGUGGAGUGUUUUUGUUUUGUUUUGGGUUUUGUUUUGUUUUUUUACUUUAAUACUAUAUCAUUUUGAGAGAAAGCCAUAUCUUUACACUGCAGUGUAAUUGUGUGCUGUUGGCCAGAGACAGUCUUUUAUAACAACCAAAGGCCUGUCCUGUGCAGAGGGCUUGAGCAUUUGGGAUGAAUGUUCUUAGCUGGGAGAAUAGGACCAAGCAGUGCUUAGGACUUGGGAGAUACACAGUCCUCUGCAGUGUCAAUAUUUAGGUCCCACAGCAGACCUGGUGGCUUUCUCAAAAAGCUGUUGAGGGUGUAAAUGUAGUGAUUUUGCUGAAUUUGCUACUGCCAAUUGUGUAGCUGUUAAAAAAAAACCAACAAAACAACAUCACCACCAAAAAACACUGUAUUUUGUAUUUUGAAAGCUCUCAGAUCUACAGUAGCAUUGAUAAUGUCAUAUUUUUACAUGGCAUUUGUAUUAAUAGACUAAGUACUUUGUUUUAGAAAAUGUCUUCAGUUGCCAUUGCAUUUGUAAUACUUUAGUGUAAUCAUUAUGCUACCCAAAAUGCUGUUUGAUUUUGUUGAUAGAAGAAGUGCUGGUUUAUGUAUACAUGACUGCUACUACAGUGUAGAAUUAAAAUAUUAACUACUGCUUUGCACUUACAUUGGAAUUGAAAUAAUUUUUUAAUAAGUGCACAAUGUAUCUUAUAGAAUCUCUGCAAUCAAGUAUUGUGUUGUGUAGUAUUGAUUUGUUGUCUAUCAGUAUAAAUAUGUUAAGUUUCAAAGUUAGUUUUUAAAUAUUUUCCACACAGUAUUCCACAAACUUGCAACAGUCAUGUAGUAAGCCAGAGGAGAAGUGAAUUUUCAGGAAAAGAAACGCAUGUUCUUGUCAAGUCCUAGUACUGGUUAAAAGCUUCCAUAGUUGAGAUAAUUGUUGUUAAAUGUGCUGAUGAAUACAACUGUGAAAAUACAUGUAAGAAUUAUAUUUUUCCCCCACAAUUAAAUUUUUAAUUGUUGCAUUUAGUUGAGAUGUUGACCGGCUGCCCUGAAAUGUAUGGGAAAAGAUGUUACUGUAUUAAGUAUGAAGAAAUGUAACUCUUGUGUAAAGAAAGCAGGCUUUUCAGGAAUGUAGGUUCACAAACACCUAGAGGUUAGAGUUCUGAGAGCAAAAGUAGAGGUGUAGAAGAACAAGACUAAAGGAAGAAGGAUGAUGUUCAGCAUGGGAGAAGCUUUCUGAAAUGUGAAAUGCACAAUGAAGUAUGAAAAACUGAUGUCUACUGAAAAUGCCAUACCGUGACAAAUAUGUGCUAAUAUAUUUCUAAACUGUGUGUUGUCUGCCUUAAGUCUGAAAUAUUCACAGACACCUAACCUGGCUGAAAAAAUUUCAAUAAUUACUAUACCAAAAUAAACUGCUAAAUGUUGUGCCAUGCCA